AUGGCUGCUAUCAGCGUGAACGCACAAAGCCCUGUGUCAGCACCUUCCAACAUCCCGCAACUAGGUCGCCCGGUGAGCCAAGGCUGCUUCAAUACUAAGGGCAAUAUGACGGCACUCGAUCCCCAGAUUCCUGGCGAAAGGAUGUCUUCUGGCUCUUGUACCCUCGCCUGCAAGGAUGCUGGAUGGUGGUUGGCGGGUUUGCAUGGUCCGCAAUGUUUAUGUGGGAUGGCUAUACCUCCAGAGAGUGCCUCAGUGGCUGACUCGAAGUGCAACGCUCCCUGCUCGUCAUAUCCCCAGGAAGCGUGUGGUGGUAAGGAUACAUAUACUAUUUUCAAUCUCGGUCUCAACAUCGACCCCCCGACAUACAGCGAGUCUAGUUCUACUACAGCAGCCUCCAGCACGAGUAGUACUCCUGAUGCGACGCCUACUGGAAGUUCACCCGCCCAUACUAGCGCCACUGUUACUGAAACGGCGAGCCCUUCGCAGACCUCGAAGCCGGAGAAGAGUGGACCAAAUGUCGCUGGUAUUGCUGCCGGAGUGGUGGUUGGUGUUAUUGCUGCCGGAGCCGCGAUUGGCGGCUUCUUUUUCUACAUGAGACGCAAGCGUAACGCCGAAAUUGAAGAAGAGCAUCGGCGAAAUGCUGCUGUCAGUGCUUUUAUUAGCGGUUCAACGCCCCCUAGCAGCCACGGCAGCAUUUCCAUGACCGACUCACGCAUGGAUCCGGUCAUGGCUCACCGGCGGAUGAGUGAUGGCAGUAUUGCAGACAAUGAAGACUAUUCUCGAAGGAUUCUUAGAGUCACCAACGCAUGA